GCUGUUCCACCCGGGACAUCUAUCGACCUAACCAAAGCACACGAAACGCAACAUGACUGCGAUCGUUUCACAGCAAACCUUUCGAACCGGGUUGAUGAUCCGUGCCCAUCGGCAUCGAAGCCUAGGGUGUCGUUCUGCACGAUCGUCUGUACGCACCGUAGCAGCUGCGGUUCGCCCCAACUAUUUCCCCGGUUCCACCCCCCCUAAGCACCUUGACGGCACCAUGCCUGGCGAUUACGGCUUUGACCCGCUUGGUCUUGGCGAGGACAAGGCUGCUCUGGCGUGGUAUCAACAGGCUGAGCUCAUGCACGCUCGCUGGGCGAUGCUCGGUGUCGCAGGCAUGGCUGCUCCGGAAAUAUUCGGCAAUCCCUUAGUGGACGGUCCACUUCCCAACUGGGCGGAUGCACCGUUUUAUGAUGGUUACAUAGCUGACGCUAACACCUUGUUUGUUGUGCAAAUGUUUUUGAUGAAUUGGGCAGAAGUGCGCCGCUGGCAAGAUAUGAAGAACCCUGGCUCUGUGCAUGCCGAUCCAUAUGACGAGAGCCGAAAAUGUACCGGGACUGAUGUCGGUUACCCAGGCGGUGGUCUUUUCAACCCCAUGGGAAUGGCAAAAAGUGCUGAGGAGGAGAAGACCUUGCGCACGAAGGAGAUCGCCAACGGAAGGCUUGCCAUGGUUGCUGCUAUGGGCUGCUUCAUUCAACACGAUGUCACGGGUACCGGACCAGUCGCAAAUCUCAAGGCACACCUCGCCGAUCCUGCUCAUGCAACAAUCUUCCAGAACUUCCAGCCGCUUUCGUUCUGAGGUUGGGUAGCUUUGUCAUCACGCGGCCCCCCAGCUCGUCUGACACCUACCUCAUUUGAAGGAGGUGGUACAAUAAAUGUCGGAAUUGCUACACGGGCGUAUCACUAUUCCAAUUCACGUUAUUUUCUUCUUGCGUGAAUCACCGCUGAUGCUAUUCUACUCUUUACGAGAUGUGGAAGUUCAAGAGAUAAUGUGAAGUUGUGUAAUACAAAUAUUUAUUGAUCUUCCGAAGCCUGCGAGAUCAAGUUUCAAGUUC